AUGGACGACAGCAGCCCAAGACGCCCCCGAGCUAGGUCAGAAGGGACCAGCCAGGGUAGACUAGAAAUCAACAGGGAGAUGUCGCCGGGCUCACCGAGACGCGGCGUGAGUGAUACGGCCAACUAUAGCUCUCCCACGCGCCGCACUUCAGGAGUGGACACCUCCAGAGAUGGUGGUGAGUCGGACGGGAUGCGACGCCGCAGUAUUGUCCGCUCCGUACGGACAGGCAGUUUGGCCCAGCGAACGACUCUAGCCGAGCGCACGCAAGGGCAAUUCACCAUAGGGGGCCCAGAGGACGGUCCACAGCUGUGGCAGGCACACGAACCCUUUGUCCAGCCGGGGUAUUCAGACCUCAACCCCUCUUAUGAACAGGCCGCAAAUGCGAAGCCCAUCUGGUCUCUCGCAAAGCCCUUGCCGCGUGUAGUGCGGGCUGGCAUGGUGCCCACGAAGGAGGAGUUGCUUGAUGCGCGGUUGCAGCCAGAGCGUCCGGCUGAAAACUCCCAGAAGCUGGGACUCGAUGUGAAUCCAAAUGACUUGGAGCAAGGCCAAAUUCCCAAAAUGGCAGAUCCCCGGAAAAUGGCAGCGCAGGUAGAGGACGCCCGCCUUCAGCGAGAAAAUAACUUUGUCAAUAAAGUUCUCACUGGAGAUGUUGGUCCAUCACGCAUAUCCCGGACUUCCUCUACUCGCCGGCGCCGCCCAGCAACCGGAGGCGGACCUGCCGGGGGGGAUGCGCUGCCCGAUCUAUUGGCGCUGCAUGAAUCAACACUUCCAGACGAUCUGCACCCGCUAGUGCAGGGGCUGGUGGAAGACGAAGUACACAACAAUCAUACGACCUGGUCCGUUAUUCGCACUCACCAUCGUGAGGCGCUAGCGGAAUCCCUGGCGGUAUUUGUCCAGCUGACCAUUGGCUUCUGUGCUGAUAUUUCUGUUACCGUGGCCGAUGCUGGUAAUCCUAAUACAACGGCGUGGGCAUGGGGCUUUGCUACCAUGAUGGCGAUCUAUAUCUCCGGUGGUGUCUCUGGUGCCCAUCUCAAUCCCAGUGUUACGAUUAUGUUAUGGUUUUAUCGUGGCUUCCCCAAACGUAAGAUGCCGGAGUAUUUCCUAGCGCAGUUCGUGGGUGCAUUUGUUGCUGCCUUGACAGCCUACGGUGUAUACUACCAAUCCAUUCAUCAAUAUCUCCUCACUCACCAAGAUACGGGGAUUGUGACCAGCUUCGUAACGGGCCAGCGUCAAUCAUGGAUUGACCCAGCAACCGCGUUCUUUACGGAACUACUCGGGACGGUCCUCACGGCCACGACGAUCUUGGCCUUGGGUGACGACCAGAAUGCACCACCCGGGGCGGGCAUGAACUCGUUGAUCGUUGGGCUCAUGGUGUUCGUGCUUUCGAACACCUUCUCCUACCAGACAGGCGCUGCCUUCAACCCCAGUCGAGACUUCGGGCCGCGCCUGGCCCUUCUCGCGCUCGGGUACGGGUCCGAACUGUUCACGAACCCUUACUGGUUUUACGGGCCGUGGGCCGGUUCUCUAUGCGGUGCUAUGAUCGGUGCGUUUCUGUAUGAUUUCAUGAUCUUCACCGGUGGUGAAUCGCCAGUGAACUACCCUUGGGAGCGCACACAGCGCUCGCUGCGGAAGAGUCGCAUCAAAUGGAAACGCCGACUACGUAUUGACCGUCGACGCCGUGGUAUCCCCGACAAGGUGGUUGCUUAA